AUGCGCAGAGGCCCCGGCUGCCUCCUGGGGAGACAACUGCAGCACAGCCACCGCUGCCUUUUCGGAGGAGGCGAAGCGUCUCCAAAGGAGGCAGGCGAGAGGCAGCAGCAGCAGCAGCAGGAUCAGCAGCAACGUCAGCAGCAGCAACAAGGGCCCCCACUCCAACAGCUUACUGCAGCAGCAAACAGGGCGGGGGCCCUUUUGGCUGCGAAUUAA